UCUAAACGUCCGCACAAAUUACUCCUUGUGCAUCCUUUUGUCUGCGCGAAAACAGUAGAAAAUGGACGUCGAGGAGUUGUUGGGACCGGAAGUGCAGCCAGUAGCUUGAACCAAACGCCAUGUCCCAUCUUGUUCCAGCGACGCUCCAAAAUGCCGUCUGUUUGUUCGGCGCGCCGGGGCACCCACUCGCGACCAGGUCGCAGUUGCGGCACCUGCUACACGAAAACAACUCUGAAGAUGAGCAACAUAGUAACGGAAGCGAGAGCGACACCGAGUCCGAUGCAACGAGCAACCGUCGCGCCAGAAAUAGCAUCGAUCUCUUCGUUAUCAAAUGUAAAAAUGUCUGGGUCUGGAAGAGUGCGCGAUUUGUCACGCAGAUUUUCCAUGACCCAUGAGGCCUGGAAUGCGGGACCUAGCAUGACAGAUUCUGUGCGAUCUCUCUCAUGCCUAUCCUGCAUGAGAAACUCCAUCCCGACUUGGUCAAAACUGGACGACUUUUGGCAAUCAUGCAGCACAGAUUUUUACGUGCUUCAGAUUUAGCAUGACAAGUUGCAUUCUUCCAGACCCAGACAUUUUUACAUUUGGUAUUCGUCAGCGGUUCGAGGCAGCUAUGGGAGAAAUCGCCGUACUUUGAGACAUAUCAAAUGUAAAAAUGUCUGGGUCUGGAAGAAUGCAACUUGUGAUGCUGCAUUUGGAUUCCAAAAAAAUCUGUAUUGCAGGAGCAGCAAAGGGAGUGUAAUUUUUGCUACGCGGAGAGGGCAUUUGUCAUGCGGAAUAGGCAUCGCGAAGCCCUCGAAAAAUCUGUGAUGCUAGGGCAUGCAUCACAGACAUCAUGGGCCAGGCAAAACAUGCAUGACAAGUCUCAGAAUCUUCCAGACCCAGACAUUUUUACAUUUGAUAAGACACAGAUCAAGAAGAAGGCGAAAAGCUUCCAUUUGUGGGACCUGGAGGGCCUCGAGGAUUCAGAGUUCAACUUUCAUCGAGAUUGGGGGAGGACCAGCGUAGGGGGAGCGAGGCGCACUGGUGGCGGAGAGCGAAAUGAUGAGGGGGGGAAACAAGAUGAAGGCGAACAUCUUGCUUUCGCCGCGAAUGGUGGUGCUCUCAGCAGUCGCUUUCACAACGACACCUACACGGUGCGUCUCCGCGAGCUGAAGCUGGGUGUCCGGUUGUCGGCAAUCUUUCAACUGUACGAUGCCUACGUGUGUGAGAAGAUGUAUCGUGAACAAACAGGUCUGUUCGUCGCUGAUUUUUUCAGACUUGGAUCCUCACUUGGCUCGCUCCUUUCUAAUUUUUCGUUGUUGUGCUUGUGAUUCUUGGUGGAACAGAAAUCAAUGUUGAAGUGACCCAAGUCUGAAAGCUCUGGCAGAAUUUUCCAUGCGAUAGGAGGAUCGCGGAAGAGGAACAGAGAAGAAAUCAGACGUACGGUUUCAUCACGUUCUCACGAGCAGUAUUCCAGGUAAAUGCAGCUGAGUCAAGGCACAUAGAUUUUGCUAUGGGCAGUAGGGACCACUACAGCAAGGCCCUCGUUGCAAAAUCUGUUCGCGUGACUCGUCCAAGUUUCUUCACGAUAACCAGAGCACCUGUGGCUGGGAGAUGAUCCCUUUCCGGGGGUGGACCAGAUGACGCAGGACGUCCUCGCUGUUUCUGGACGUGCAUCGGGAAACAUUGUUGAUGUCCGAAACCGCCGCAAUCGGCGUCAACAUGUGGUGGACAGAGAAAAAACCUGCUACAUCCCGUGCAUCCGGGACGACUGGGGCGGCAUUUGUGACCACCACGCGGUGUGCACCCGCCGAGCCGCGACCGUUUGGGCGCAACGCGCAAAACGCUUUUUGGUGCCAGAAGUAUGGUCGCAGUCAAGAAUGGCGGGCCGCAAUAUCUUCGCGCAUAAUUCCUGGCAAGCAGACACCAAUCCGUUUGCUGCAUCGCAAGAUACCGCCCUGCUCACCCAAAUUCUAGCUCAACUCGCCGCGAAGCCCUAUUUCAAAAACACUAGUAGCAACGGUGAAAGAAAAUCCACCCCGUUUGGUGGAUCAGCUGUAGGCUCACGACUAGCAGCUGCUCUGCUAGACUCCGCCCAAUUCCGUCGCACGUUCUGGAACCUGUCUAUUCGCAAACACUACGACGGCAUGAUAAAGCAAUGGGGCGACGGCGAGGUGACGAUGGAGGCAUUGCUGGGCUUUGUACUCCUGAAAAUGGAACAAGUGAACGUCGUGCGGUACCACGCGCCGAUGGUGGUUUCCUGUGGCGGCAAGCCCAAGCUCGGCUGUCAGAAACUCACCGACGUCGAAGGUGUGACUGCGCAGCUUGUACGCGACGAAGCGAGCCGCGUUAUCCCGCCAGCCGCUUUUAAAGACGGGAAGGACAAUAAAAAGAGCGUUGCUUAUCAUUCGCAGUCACUGCAGGUGAAAAAUAGCUGGCGGGCUGCGGAAUUGCUAGUGGACAGUGAUGAGCUGGUGCGAAGGCUGUUGGCCGCGAAAGCGGAGUCAGCUGGAGCAGCGACCCCAGAACCUCCAGAGGCUCCUCGAGAGCAGGACGCGUCGAUGCUUUCGAAGAAGGCAGAUCUCGCGACCGCCAUCGCGCUGCGCGCUGGAGGAAAGUGGUUCAGCCCAGGAACAAGCGCUCGUCGUUUUGACAGUGUGCUCUUUUCGGAUGACACGCUGACGAGAAAUGAAAAGGAAAAUGGAAACGGUGAUUUUGUUUCUGUGUCGGACUUUUUGCAAUACCUCUCGAAAGAGUACGAGAACCGCCGGCACACGAAGUCCAGCAGCAUUCCCCCAACCUCCAGCGAAAUCGCUUCUGACCUCCGGGGUAGCUAUCGAAGAUACUUGACCGAAAAGCGCGUCUGUUUUCUCCCCUGCCCCAUUCGCGACUGGAAGUAUCUCUGCCAACAUGCUGGCCUGUGUCCGCGAGGGAAUUUAUCUGCUAAGACAAGAACUCAGCGGUCCGUCCGGAGCAGGGGAAAUCCUGGAAGCAGAUCUGCACGACGUAAGCGUGCCUACAUUUCGGUGAUGGCGGUGAACACAGCGGAAAAUGAUGGUACCGCUACGAUAAAUGGCGGCGAUGCAGGACUUCCUCAGGCUGAACUGAGCCUCGAAUCUAGUUCAAGUACGCAUGCCGGCAAAGGUGGGCAGCACAAAGCCUUCCUCCUCCGCACUCUUGGCUUCGGAAAACAGAUGCACGUGCCGAAGAACCAAUUGCAACAGGCUGAGAAUCGCGUAUACAGCUACGAAAUUUCAUUUCCCACGGAAAUAACGAAAUGGAAAGAGAAAUUUCUCUCUCCACAAGACGAUGGCUCUGCAACCAGUGUCUCGGCGGCUCAACUGCAGCUCUUGCAAAGUGAACUGGAUGAAAUAACAGAUAGCACAGCGCGUACUUCUUCUGCGAGUGAAGGGAGGAAAAAUUCUCGCCGCAAACAGCGUAUUCUGACGGCACAAGUGAAGGUCGUAGACGAAAUUAUGAAGGAAAGACUGCAGGAGUUUAUCACAAAUGUGACAGCAGCAGCACCUCCACCGGAAGCAGGUGUUCCUGUAAGCACGUUGGAAACUACCACUGCACACGAUAAUUCUCGCACGUCGGUCUUGGAUUCCGCUUUCCGCGUAUUUGAAGGCGGCUUUGGUCAACAUGAUCGUAGUGGAACUCCAGAAUCAGCAAGCAGCACAACUAACGCCUCGAACUUAUUCUGCAACGACGUGGUGGAUCGCCGGGAGUUUUACUAUGGCUUUCUCGACCUUUCUGAGCCACAAGAAUGCCGGUUUGCGGACGAGCUCACGGUGCCGAUUGGAAGUAGAGACGAAACCGAUUCUGUGCAGGAGAAGAAGAACUACGACCUGAUUGAGCGGAAAAUUUUCGGCAACUUGAUACCCGUGGACGUGCUGCAAGAAAAGGUACCUUCGAGGGAUGUUUUUUCGAGAAACCUGCACAUCCCGGUGUACGACAGCAGUUUGGCGACGCAUGGGUUGACCAGCGAUGAUUUCUGGGCGAAGUUUCUGUAGUAAUGGAAGUGAAGAUAGUAUUAAAAGCACUUCUUGAUAUAAGGAUCUUCUGCUUCUUCAACCUUCAGCACCACGAUCAAGAUCUGGAAUUCUGGCGGAGUAUUGCCGUGGCCUCUGCUUCAUUUGUUUCUGAUGUCUUGAAUAGGAAAAAAAAAACUCGCGAUUCUGCCGCAGUUUCGAUUUUUUGCGGGAGUUGUCUUGUGCAUUUUAUUGCUGCACAAGGAAGAUCAUGUUGUUCUUGUUCCUUCUUCGCUGUCCCGCUUACGGCAAUCAAGGGAGCGGAAGUAAUUCUGUAGUUCCAAGCGAUGACGAUACAGUCUGGGAAAAGGAUGAUCCAUGAUGCGCGCCGCGCCACGCUUCUUGAACCGGCUGUUGGUUCUUUCACAGUAGUUGCUCCACUGUUUUAACAAGACACAAAGAGCCGUUGAUGUAGUUGCCUUGUUCUUGAUGAUGCUCUUUCAUGUAAAAAAACGGUACGAAAACGACUGCAAACUGAAGCUGCUCAACAGAGGCUGGUUCUGCGGAAC